CUCCUUCCUUCACCGUUCGAAAAAUGCAGUUAUAAUUAGUCGUCCUCACCCUAAAUUUGAAGUCUCUCAUCGCCCAAAACUAUUUGCAUUGUUACGCCAAAUCUCCGCCGAUCUCUUUCUCUCUCUAAAGCCUUUCUUCCCUCUUUGCCUUCUCUCCCACUGGAGAUGGAUGACUUCGAACGGAGGAACCGGGACGAGCACCGGUACUCGGCCGCCGACCACGAUCGCGGCCAUCCGCCGUACGACGGCGGCUACCGCAACGAGUUCCGAGCCUACGGCGCAGGCGCCGGAGACCGUAGGCUGGAGAUCGUGAAGGGGAACGUCUUCAGCGCCAACCAGACCUCCUACUACGCCGCCGACCGGGACCGGCAUCCUUCGCCGCCGCCGCGGCGCCGGUCUCGGGAUCCGCCGUUCCCGCCGCCCCAACGCAGCGGCUUGUCGUCUGCGGGGUCUAGCGCCUGGUGCUUCACCGACCCGGAGGCGAAGCGGCGGCGGCGGGUAGCCAGCUACAAGGCGUACGCGGUGGAGGGCAAGGUGAAGGCGUCGUUCCGGAAGGGGUUCCGGUGGAUCAAGGUCAAAUGCUCCGAGCUCGUCCACGGUUGGUGAGCGAGGCGGAAGGGAAGCGGAUGGCGCCGCUUUGUGGUGACUUUUAUGGAGGUAUUAUUGGUUUCUUUGGAUGCAAACAAUAUGUUUGUGUUUAUUACAUAUGAUUCUCUUUGUUUUCUCCUUGGAAACUCUUUAUCUAAUGUGAGACUGUAGGAGUGAACUUUUAGAUUAAAUGUCUUAAUAUUGAGUAAUUGAAGAUCAAUGUAAAGGAGCUUUUUAUAUUCUUAAAAGAUGCUGCUUAAAAUUUCA